UUGAACCUAAACUGAAAAGACGUCGAUUGCUGUGUUAUUGAACGUGUCUCAUCUUGUACGUGCCGUUUCUAGAGAGGACUCGGUUGAUUAGCAAUGACACUGUUAAGGUGUCUGGGGUGGCUGUUGUGUAUUUGCUGCUUUCUAGACAGACUCGGCUGCUUGACAGAGGCAAUCACUCAAACAAAUGAACUGUCAUGCCAACCACCGAAAGUUAUUUCAACUACUACAACAAAGAUAAAAGUCUCACUUUUAUGCCCUUCGAUUUGUCAAGUCAAACAAUACUCGAUAAAUUUAUAUCGUUUAUAUUAUGUUCCUGAAAGUGUGACUCGACAUACCCGUCAAAAUAUGUACACAUUCACAGAUCUGCACCCGCGCACAUUUUACGCUUUUGAUGUCACUGCAACUUAUGACCCGCCCUGUGCAAAGACUGCUGUCAGCAAACGUGUUGUAACUAUAACAAAUGCGGCAGUACUAGAGCCACCACAAAUUGUUCGGGUAACGUCAGUUAAUCCACAUACGGUUCAAGUAGAAUGGACAUCAGCGGAUUACAAAUACGUAUUUGCUGCAUAUUGUGAAGUCUCUAUCAACUAUACUCGGCAACUUUUCAAGUUCAACUGUAGAAAAAUUUGGAUAAAACAUCUUGAACCGUACACUACAUAUGUCGUGCAAGUUGCAGUUGCGUUUAGACCGCGAGGUGCUAACAACAACUCACAUGAUGUGAUUACUGAUUUGAGUAAAAAAAGGUCAUUUACCACUCUGCAGUCAGAACCUAGCAAUCCUCGUAACGUUACAAUCGCCGAUCGUGAACUGACUUCUGCUUCUGCUAAAAUUGUUUGGACCACUCCUGCUGCUCCUAAUGGUGCUAUUGCAUAUUACACCGUCAGUUAUGUGAUAGGACACUAUUCUACGAGCCUCGGUCAUCUUGAUGUCAAAACACUUAAUGUUAGUAAAUUAGUUCAUAUUACUCUAACAAACUUGAAUCCAUACACGAUUUACACAAUUUGGGUGCAAGCCAUCAAUGUUGAGGGAGGCCAUCACUUGGUGAGUAAUGCAAGUGCUGUGAAGACAUUUCGAACAUUGGCUGAUGUUCCGCCUGAUCCUAGACCUAUAAAGGUCUUGAAAGAAAAUGGACAGACCGUCAAAAUCAGUAUUCCUGCUGUCAAUGAAACAAACGGUCCAAUUAGGACUGUCGAAGUAAUUGUUCUUGAACUAAAAUCUGGAGUGUUAUGGUCUCGUGAUGCACCGUUGCCCAAGAUCGAGGAUGGCAGAGUGGCAACACGCAAUGUCGCGUACAGUCUUGCAGCUAAUAAAGUCGAAAGUUACUUGUUGAUUGGUGCAAACGGCAACAGUAAUACCACAUUAAAACCAAACACAACUUACGCUUUCUAUCUUCAAUGGAUAGCAAAAGAAAGACCUUCUGGAAACCAAAUGAUAUCAACUAGUGCAGUUACUAUAUAUACAACUGAUCCAGUUUCUGAAGUAUAUACAACUGAUCCAGUUUCUGAAGUAUCUCCAUCUUCGGAAGUACAUUCAACUGAUCCAGUUAAUGUUCCCACGCAGUCACCGUCGUCGUCUGACAACAGAUAUGUCGUUCCAACAGUUGUACUUAUAGUGCUAGCAUUGUCAGUUGGAGUACUCGGUUUUGCUAUCUGGAGAACACUUAAGGUUUCGAGUGCGUCUAAUCAAGACUCAAAUAACGUUCAUUUACAAGACCUUAGUGGGACAGAAAAUCUACCAUGUUCGGAAUCGGACGAUCACCGAGCUACAACAUUAAUACUAACAUUUGAGGAGCAUGUUGAGAAAAUGAAGGAAAACGACAACGAGGGAUUCAACGUUGAAUACGAAGAGCUACCUCACGUUAGCGACGAUCAGAGCACUGCAUUAGCAACCAAUGUUGAUAAUCGAGACAAAAACCGCUAUCAAAAUGUCGUUCCGUACGAUGGUUUGUCUGUCCUGCUCGAUGAAGUGCAGGGAAUGAGCAAACUGGAAAACGAAUACAUUAAUGCUUCCUAUCUGGACGGAUGCAGGAGGAGUAAAGAGUAUAUUGUGACUCAAGGGCCUCUUGUCAAUACAUAUUGUGAUUUUUGGCGUAUGGUGUGGCUCGAAAGAGCAGAAUUUAUUGUCAUGCUGACUCGAAGUAUAGAAAAUGGCAAGAACAAGUGUUAUCAGUACUGGAAAGAUGAUAUGCCAAUGAAUUGCGAGGGUAUGACGGUGACUGUUGGUGCGAUCAAUGAAACAGCAGCCUACACAGUCCGAAAAAUGACAUUGAAAGUGCUACGUGAGGAACGCACGGUGACUCAUUAUCUAUUUGGAGGCUGGCCUGAUCAAGGAGUUCCGUCGUUUGUCAAUGAUCUUUUGGGAUUCAUGUUCCGAAUCAGAAGAGAAUCUAGAGACUGCAAAGCACCCCUUAUUGUCCAUUGCAGUUCUGGUGCCGGUCGUUCUGGAACAUUUGUGGCAAUUGAUACAUUGCUAAACUAUUUAGCACUCGAGAAAGCCCUAGAUGUAAAAAACGUUGCUAGGCAGCUGAGGAUGCGGCGUAUGGAAAUGAUACAAAACUUGAUGCAGUAUAUUCUUAUUCACGAUGCAAUUAUAGAAGCCUUCUACACCGGUAAAACAGAAAUAGAAGCGUCAGGUCUUUCCAAUGCCUUUGGUCGUUUGCGGUCAUUGACCUCAAACGAAAUCAAGAAACAAUUUGAUAAUUUAGUUCGUCUUUGUCUACCGCUUGCUAAAUCUAAGUUUGCUACGACACAACUCUCUUCUGUAAGGAAAACGAAGAACAGGAAUUACAACUUUUUGCCACCCGAUUUUGCUCGAGUGAUUUUACGGGUAGAUCAACAGAACGAAAAUGGUCAGCCAGAAAAUAUUGAAAAAGGAGCCGAUUAUAUAAACGCAAGCUUUGUCAAUGGCUACCACAAAAGCAACUUCUUUAUUGUGACUCAAGCUCCUUUUCCCAACACGAUGAUAGACAUGUGGAAAAUGGUUUUUGAACAGCGAGCGUGUGCCGUUGUCAACUUGGCUCAGUCAACCGAAUACGAACAGUAUUGGCCGGAGUCUGGGUCACGUACCUUCAAGCAAAUCGAAGUAGAGUUCCUCUCUUCAGAAGAAAACGAUUCAUUUACGGUUUACGAACUGCAAGUGAGAAAGCGCCAAAAUUCGUCUAGCGUUGCUCUUUUCCAUUACACUGCUUGGCCAAAUGAAACUGCUCCUAGUGAUAUGGCGGGACUAAUAGACAUGAUGAGUCAAUUAGACAUGAAACUGAAGAGUACAGGAGGAAACCGGGUUAUCGUUCAUUGCUGCACUGGUAUGGGAAGAACUGGUGUUUUCUGUGCUGCUUACAACGUCUUGGAACAACUACAAGCCGAGGGUGUGGUCAAUGUGCUGCAUAUCACGAAAGCACUUCUUAAUGAGAGACCAGGAAUUAUACCCACAUCGGAACAAUACCAAACUAUUUACAGUAUCGUUGAUUUCUAUCAACAGUCCAAGAGUAUCUACGGGAACAUCAAAUGACACGUCAGCUGGCUAGUUUGGCAACUUUGAAGUAUAGACAGCUAAACUCUUAGCGUAGAAAUUGGUUGAUUUAAUACUUGCAUAGAAAGACGACGAUGAGGUUUGUUUGUGAAAUCUAUAUAUAAACACUUCAAAAUACAAUUGAAA